AUGCUUGAGACGUUACCGUUCGCCAGCUGGCCAGCAGUGGCAGGCCUGGCUUUCGUCAUUUUUAUCGUAUCCCGUCUUUGGAGUAAAAACCCUAGCGCACCAGGCCCGUUUCUCGCACGCUUCACCGACCUGUGGCUGGCGUACAGGCAGUCGAAGGGGAAGAUGCAGACUGAACAUGUCGAACUUCACCAGAAAUAUGGAAAAAUCGUCCGCGUGGGUCCAAACUACUAUAGUAUCGACGACCCGGCCGCCAUAAAGACAAUCUAUGGCCACGGCACGCAAUACGAGAAGUCCAAGUGGUACGAGGUCUGGAAUGCACGGCACGAUCUCUAUCGUACCAACUUGUUCGCACUUAGAGACAUCAAGGCGCACUCCAGCACACGCCGGCACUAUGCGGGUGUGUAUGCCAUGUCUAGUCUUGUCAGCUACGAACCAUACGUCAACAACUGCAUCGAUAUUCUGUCAAACAGGCUGCGAAUGCGCGCCAAGUCCGGCGAGACGAUUGACCUUUCAAAGUGGUUCCAAUACUAUGCCUUUGAUGUUAUUGGCGAGAUCACCUACUCCAAACGAUUCGGCUUUCUGGAAACCGGAAAGGAUAUCGCUGGCAUGAUCAAGACAAUAGGCAGCAUCCUCGAGUGGAGCCACACCGCCGGCUUCUUUGCUCCUCUCCGUUCCCUGACGCGUUUCAUGGCCCAGCGAAGUACAGCCGAGGGCCCCGGGAAGAUCUCGGCCUUCACACAGGAGCGCAUCGAACAGGCCAAGAAGGAGAGCAUCAACGGCUACGACGACCCGGAGCGCCAGGCCAUCACGCAGCCAGACUUUUGCUCCAAGCUCCUCGACAUGUACGACGCCGCCCAGCGCGGCGAGAAGAAGCUGGACGGCCUGACGCAGAACGAGCUUGUUACGGGCGGAUGCAGCGGGAAUGUCUUCGCAGGCAGCGACACCACCUCUAUCUCCCUAAACGCCACGUUCUACAACAUUAUCAAGAACCCAAGGGUGCUAACCAAAUUGCGCGCUGAGCUGGACGAGGCCCACACUAGAGGCGCUCUGAGCGACCCGCCCAGCUUCGCUGAGACCCAGAACCUGCCCUACCUGCAGGCGGUCUUGAAGGAGGCACUACGGAUGCACCCCGCGGUCGGUCUAUGCCUCUGGAGGAUAGUUCCUGCCGGAGGAGCGACGCUGUGCGGCACGUACUUCCCUGCGGGUACGAACGUCGGAGUCAACUGCUGGGUGGCUCAUCGCAACAAGGAGGUCUGGGGCGAGGACGCUGAGGAGUUCCGCCCUGAGAGAUGGCUUGAGUCUUCCGAGGAGAAGCUGAAGGCCAUGAACGCGAUGUAUAUGCCCUUCGGUCUGGGCAGCAGAACUUGCAUUGGAAAAAACAUCAGCUUGUUGGAGAUCGCGAAGGUGAUUCCGUAUCUGGUGAGGAAUUUUGACAUGACUCUGAUUGAGCCAUUGAGUAAGAUGCCUGAGUUGCCUUCUAAGUGUGCCUGGUUUGUGGGCAUUAAGGACUUCAGGGUAAAUGUGAAGCCUCGGGCUGAGUAG